CGCCGGACGGGUCAAUGCCAGCCGGAUGAUGACCAGUUGUGGCCAGCGGUCCCGGAACGUUCUCGCAGUAUUCUCUCUGCUGUUUCCUGCAGUACUGUCCGCACAUUUCCGGGUCUGUGAGCCUUACACAGACCACAAAGGCCGCUACCACUUCGGUUUCCACUGCCCCCGGCUCUCAGACAACAAGACCUUCGUCCUGUGCUGUCACCAUAACAACACGGUCUUCAAAUACUGCUGCAACGAGACGGAGUUCCAGGCGGUCAUGCAGGCAAACCUCACGGCCGGCCCCGAGGGCUACAUGCACAACAACUACACAGCGCUGCUGGGAGUGUGGAUCUAUGGCUUCUUCGUGCUCACCCUGCUGGUCCUGGAUCUGCUCUAUUAUUCAGCCAUGAACUACGACAUUUGCAAGGUUUACCUGACCCGGUGGGGCAUCCACGGACGGUGGAUGAAACAGGACCCCCGGCGGUGGGGGAACCCCGCUCGAGCCCCUCGGCCGGGACAGCCAGCCCCACAGCCACAGCCUCCCCCUGGUGUCCUGCCACAAGCACCCCAGGCCGUGCACACGCUGCGGGGAGACACACACAGCCCACCCCUGAUGGCCUUCCAAAGCUCAUCUGCCUGAAAACCCUUUUGCUGUGCCUCAGGAUGGAGGAGGUUAGACCCAGAGCUCCUGGUGCAGCCUCCAAGAACAGCUUCAACCAAGACACCAGGGAGAGCCGGGGCAGUGGCGUGGUAACAGAAGAGGAAAGACCACCUGUGCCCAGACCCCCCUUCCGAGGACUUCUGAGAUUAGGAGCAAACUCAGGGUCCGGGGACAGACAGGGUACAGGAAAGGGGCUCUGAGCCACCUGUCUGCAAGCAAUAGUUCUCUUUUGGGCUGGUGGCUUCUGAGAAGAGACUCGGUGUGGACUGAGAGGAACAACACUUAGCUGCCCUGGCUGGCCCCAGCCAGAAGAAUUUGUGGCCGUGAGUUGUACCAUGGUCCAAACACUGACGUUCCCCCUUCCUCCACUCCCCCCAAUAGUGGCCCCCUUAGGCCUAUCCGUGUCGGAAUAUUGACUGUGAGUGUGUGCGCGCACGUGUGUGUGAUCAGGGUUCUUUCUAUAUGUUCAUUCAGCUAGUGUUUAAUUGAGCCCCGUCGCCACUGGCUGUAGUUUCUCUGAUGGGCACAGGUCACCGUGUGGCUGAAGAGUCUUGCCCAUGCCCUUGUCUGAGGCUCAGGCCUUGCCGUGGUCAGCAGCUGUGAGCUGGGGGAGGGGACAGGCACAGGGCCCAGCCUUCCUGUGCCAUAGGCAGUGGGGAUUGGAGCUUACCAGUGAGGAUAGAUUCUGGUGGGAUCUGUUCCCACAGCAGCAGUAGUAAGGAAAUAUAUCAGCUGGCUUUGGGCAGCCUGGGUUUGGAUGUGUUGUGUGAACCAUCACAGUUCCUAGGAGGUGGGCGUGUAACACCUCUGGAAAUCAUGUAGCCUGGGGAAGGGUGCCACCGUCAUAUGGGCCAGCUCCACAGUUUGGCCCCCGGGUGACAGGAACCCAAGUCCAGGUUUUGAUUCCCGGGGUGUAACAGGCCCCAUAACCCAGGUCCCCCACGGCGGUCAUCGGAGUCCACGCCUGACAUUUUCACAGGAGUGCAGCACACCCACCACCCAGGUCCUUCACCGUCACUGCCUGAGCCUCGCUCACAAGCUCACACUAGCCACACGCCUGCCAUGCACCAGGCCAGGCAAUGGUAAGAUGCAGGGGUGAAGAAUGCCGGGCUCUGCCCUGGGGUGCUGCACGUUGAAGGGAGAAAAAACACACAGGCAGGGUGAAGGCUCCUAAGGAAACCCAGAGCAGAGGGUUCUAUGAGUCUGUCUUCUUAAAAUGGGGGUUUUCCGAGUGAGUCUGGAUACCCGUAACAUCUGCCCACGGAGUUCAUCAUCACCGCCUCCAACCCACUGCCCUCGGGCACACAGAAGGAAAGACAUCCCCCUGAAGUGACCCUGGAACUCUCCAGAGGCCACAUUGUCAAUGUAGACAUGGCCACCCCACCCCUAUCAAUGAGGUCAAAGUGUCCCUGCCUUCAGCCCCAUCACCCAAUCUACUUGAAGCUGAACCCUCACUUUACCAGUGAUAGCCCCACAGGGGCUGGCCACCUGCCCGCCACACACUGUAGGGGAUAGCAAGGGGUAGCAAGGAAGGAAGAGCCAGUGUGGAGGUGCCCAUGGGGACCACAUUGUGGAGACUGUGGGCGGAGGUUUGGAUGGUCGGGGAUAUUUAAGCCUGGGUCCAAAUGACAUGCAAGACCAGCAACGGAUCUAGAGAAGAGGAGCCAAAGAGGGGGCCACGAGAGCCACAUGCCUGUCAGGUUCCUAGACGCAAACAAGCUAGGGUGGCCAGGACAGAGGUCAAGAGAUGGUAACAUAUGUAGAUUUCCAUGGUUACCAUAGUGAUGUGUGCACACAGCGCUUCUCCAGUGAUAGUAUUGUGUGUUGGAGCACAAAGCUCUUUCCGCUCCGGCUGGCUAUUCAUCAUCUCAGCCCCACACGAGGGAGAGAUGGUCCCAUUUGUGGAGAUGGAAGCAGUCACUCUGUCGACUCUAGAGGCCUACUGGGUCAAAGGCCUCUUUCUCUUCACCCAGCCUGUUUCCCUGAGAUGCACUGCUAUGCCCCACACAUAGCCUGGAAAGAUAAUGCUUGGCAUUUGAUUAAAGAUGGGCAUGGACCCUCCCCCACAUGCUGAAGUAUCCUAGGGAGCAGAGCAACCAUUACUCUAAGGGUUAGCAGUGGGCCAGCUGGACCAGCCCAUACCUACAGGCCCCCUGCAGGAAAGGGAAUCCUUCCCCAAGCUGCACAGAUCCUGAUGUCACCUGAAAAAAGAGAUCACAGGCAAGGCCUGGGGCUCUCCUGCCUCAGUUUCCCCAGUAGUAACAGGAAGGAAUCAGACCGGAUGUUGAGGGGACUUCUGGCUUUGGGUGGCUCGGAGAAACACUCUGGCAGUUGCUCGCACAGGGCUCAGGGCUACUAAACAUCCUUCCUCAGACACAAGAGGUCAUGGCCAUGCAGAUAGUAGGGUACUGGGUGGCAAUGGGGUUCUCCAUCAAGAGUCUCUUAGGGAAUAGCUGAAGGUCCCCACAAAGAUUCUGGUUGAUGGUCUGAAUCUCUCAUCUAUGAGGGCCUACCUUGCUCAUAGAUGUGUCUGGGGCUAAGAGUCUAGACUGUCCAGGACACAGGAAUACACCGAUUGCCAGAGGUCAGCAUAGGCUUCGACUUUGCAGCCCUGGGCACCCUGCUCCUUCCCAGCUAGGUGACACUGGCUCACCCAGCUAGUCUCUCCAAGCCUCCUUUCCUCACUUGGAAAACCGGGGUUACAGGGCAGGGUCUUACCCCAUGCCGCUUCACAAAGCUACUGAACGCAAGAGCUGUGUCCAUGCGGAUGUGAGCACUGGGGUGGGAGGCAGGGCCCCAGAUGGCCACGAUGAGAAUCUGUCCCCUGCCCAUGGUGUCUGUGGCUGGCAAAUGUGUCAGUCAGUAGCCUGUCCUGAACAGACACAGAGUGGAGACAAGUUCCUGAAUAUUUAUUGAGCUGUCUCUGCCUCCUCCAGUUCCUGUGUCCCCUGCCCCCGCCUUUUUUCUGUAAGCCUCAGGCCACAGUACACUCCUGUAGCAACAAGUAGCCACAGGAAGCAGAGAAGCUGGUGACACCAUGUGCUCAAGGAGGGCCAUGGGACAUCUUGUGUCUGUCUGACCUUUUCUCACUGGGAGCUGUAUGUCCUUAGUAAGCAGUUUUAUGCCCUGUCAUCUGCCUUCUGGGACCUCCAUUCAGAGCUCCUCCCUGGCGGGCUGUAGUCACCAGGGAAAUGUCUUUCUCCUCCAUUGUGGGAGUGGCCAAGCAUCUGAUGGUGACUGUCACCAGUGUGCAACAGCACUUCAUCCAAACAGGAGUGCAUGCACACACACACAUACACACGCACACAUACACACGCACACACACACACAAAUGUGCAUACCCAUGAGCACACACGUUUACACAAUAUGUAUGCAUGCAUUCAUACACAUAAACAUAACUUGUGCAUGUUCAUGUGUUCACACAUACACACGCACAUUCACAUCUGUACAAAUAUGCAUAUUUCCAUAUGUACACAUGUAUGCUCAGACGUAUGAGUGUAAUUUACACAUGUUUACAUGCUCAGUAAUAAACACCUGUGAACACAUACACACUAUAGAUGAGAAUAUAGACUUCCAUGUAUGCAUAUCCACCCAUGUAUGCCACGUGCACAUAUUCACACGUGUUCACAAAUACACUCACAUAUAUACAUAUAUACCUACAUAUGAACCAAUACAUACAUGCACACACAUGAUGUUGAUCUAGUUCCUUGAAAACACUGAUACAAACAGUGAUGUGUUCUGCUGUGUGCCCAGGGCAGGGCCACUUCCUAGAUCAUCCAAAAAACCCAUCAGGCAUCUUUAGCCCCAAAGUGGAAAGAAGGGUUUGAGGUACCAGGAAUACAAGCCAGGGAUGGUGGUUGAGGUGACCUUCAGUCAAGAGCUGGUUCUCACUCGUCCUGUUUAGUGCCCCUCCCCAGGUCCUUACAAAUAGCAGGAUAUGAUGUGGCUAUGCCCUGUGUUGACUGCCACCAGCCCCCACUCCUGUCCACACCAGGACAAGCCCCACUUGGCAUUCCAGCCAUUGUCCUCUGAACAACUCCUUACAGCUGGUCCCCAGCUCUGCAAGAGCUUGUGAGAGGAUCCAGAGCCUCAGGCUUCCAGACAUUUCUUAUUGGCUUGUUUAAUUUUUCCAUCUGGCUGCUUGGUUCCCACUAACAGGAAUUGCUUGGGAGGUAAACAUGAGAUUCCCCAGGCAUCUGGGCACAGGUGACUAUCUGAGUGGCCUCCCGGGCAUUUCUUGUGUGUGUGAAGGGCAGGGAGCCAGCACAGCUUCUGCCAGGGAGCUCUGCCGGGGCAGCAGCGGCCUCAGACUGAGUCACACAGCUCACCAUGUGGGUGCCAACGUCUGCCUUGUCAGAGGACCAGGAAGAGAUGAUGUCACAGGGCAAAAGUGGUGCCCCGAACCCUCUAGAAAACAAGCUUUUAUGUCUACUGUGUGUCGGGUGCCAUCACGGUUUCCUAUCCCUUCUGUAGCCUCAACAAUGUGCCUGCGUUUUGUGGGCUGUGGUUGGGAAGAUUGGCAGCUGGGGCCAUCAGCAUAAGGACUUGUACCACCCACACACUGCACAAAUCCUCAGCUGUUCGGCGGACACUUGCUGAGUAGCCCCUGCCACUCUCUGUCGCCAGUGUCCACUGGAAGUCCCUCCUGUGUCUAGACGGGUUCCGUCAGAGAACAUGGAGUGUCCCCGUGAGAGGCUGGGGUCCACCGCUACGGACCUGACUCGCCGUGCCUAACAGAAACACUCCUAUUUGCAAAAUAAACACGGGGACGUUUAUCUAUCCCUCCCACAAAAGUGACCUUGGAGGUGGCAUUGCCUGUCCUGCCCCACCCUGUUUUCAGUCCAAAUUCCUGCCUGGUAGUCGGUGCUAGAAAUGCUUGGUGAGUGAGUGGGUUUAACCAUUAGUCAGUCACUCAGUGGUUAACACUCCUAUCUUUAUGUCAAAACUCUGACCCGUUUACCCUUGACAAACUCACACCACCCUCCAAAACAUACAGAGUCCCCUUGUCAGCGUUAACCUUAAUCAUGGGACCAGCAGCUGGAGUCACGGGUCCACCACGGCCUCCCAUUUGGUCACAGCCUGUACUUGACUAGGGUUGACUCUCCGGCUUGUGUCUCAGUUUCUCACACCCAGUCUCUUUCUGUUACUCCCCAUAGUCUGUGUUCAAGCGAGGGGGCUAUGUCCCCCAUCUCAUAUCCACAGGUGAGCGUGUGGGCAACGUGCAAUAACCAACAAAGCUGCAGGGGGAAGAGCCCGGCCACCCUAGAGGGGCAAGGGACCUCCCUACAAAGGACUUGUUUCUCCCUGGGUCAGUGGGACAAAGCCAGGUAGGCGGGGUGGGGCAGGAAGGUGUCUCUAUGCUAGAAGCUCCAGGCUCAUGUUGAGAAGGCAUGGGGGAGCCUCUCUCAGAGCCCAUGACCGGGAAAACCAAAAUAAGAACGAAAAACAAAAACCUGAUAUCAGAUAAUUGUCCCCCUUCCGAAUUUGAUGUAUUAGCGGCGUGUUUACACCGAUGCUGUCUCGCUGCGUUUGUCUUUCUAUAUAGUGGUUUUUAUAAUGACGUCCUUAGUUUUAAUAAAGGAGAAGUCAAGUUAACUGUU